AUGUCAGCGGAGUUUCUACAACGCCACUCGUCAUCUGGGGAACUCGUGGCCUUCGGUAUGCUGCCUUUGAAGAGGGCGUGGGCGAUCUUGGGUUACUUCUACGGUUUCAUGGGAGACACGGGGAUGUUUCAAGAGUACCUGGGGCUUGCGGACUCCUUUUUGACUGAUUCCAUCGAGCGAGGGUCAACUGACAUCCUCCCUGCGGGAUUUGCCGAGAUAGUCCAUCACAAGCAGACCGUCAAGGCGUACUCGGGAAAUCUAGACCCUGCGCACGACGACUCUUUGGCCGCCCGACGUCAACAUCUUCCUGAGGUCAACCCAGCUGCGAACGAAGGAGACCUAUUUCGCUAUUUUUCCCAGUCGCAAACCGCAUUCGAGGAACUUGUCUUCGAGAAAGCUUGCGAGAAGAGUGCGGCCCGCCGUCAUUUGAGCGCUGACGAGCCUUGCGAGGAAGGCAGAUGCGAUGCUAAUCCGCACGGCAACGUCCCACAGGUGGAAGAGGUGUCUGAUGCCAUGGUGAUUGCACUCAAAGCUGGCCUACUCGACUUCGAACACCUACAAGAAGCAGUCGAUCGACCAAACAUUCGCAAGGGCAUCGGCGGCCUCCUCAUCAACGUGAACUUGGCAUUUCAAAAAGCAACGAACGGGGACACUGGUGGGGCGUUGGAGAGGUUCGGGCAUUGCGUCGAGGUAUUCGAGCGGUACCCUGGCGUGUGUCGCUGCAUGAUACUGUGGUGUCGCAUGUCGCAUUCUCUCCUGGGAGCCCUAGCAGCGAUUGACGAUUCCAGAGCUCGAGAACUCUACAACCGGCUGCGGGAUGUCUACAAUCCGUCUCGCCCGGCUUCUUUCCUGCCAGCGCCACCUUUGGAGGAGUGGCGUGGGACGUCUGCAUUUUGCGAUGAUUUUCAGUGCAGGUUAUUUGACGGUAUCAUCGCGAGUCAAGCGUUCAGCGUUUUCUCCUCCCCCCCCGACUGCACUAGCAACUACGCCGGUUUGCAACAUGAGGAGGACGAUGUGCCGGUCGUCGACGAGGAAAGAGAUGGCGGCAUCGCGUGGGCAGGUGUCAUUCCCAAGGAGGUGACCGGCUCGGUCAUGGUUACCCCUUGCAGCAACGGGGUCAAACCAGUGGCAUCUCCUAGCUCGUGGGCAUUGAACCAAGAGCCUGCACCGCAAACGAACCCACCGGCCGGAUCAAGCCCGUCUACUUCACAUCUCCACCGUGAGCUUGGCAGGGGAGGCGCAAGUGGUACUGCCAUUUUCAACAGUGCGGUCGAGGGGUGUGGUGGUGGUGCCUUGUCUGGCUUGGUAGGUCAAGUCCCCGGAAUGUCGUUGGCAUGGCAGGAGUUGCGAGAUGCGGAUGGGUUCCCAGACGGGACCGGAGAUGAUACAAUUGCGGAGGCAGACUGGCUAGAUGUUUCUCUUGUAAUGCUGGGUGCAAUUGACGAGAACGGUUCGGCACUUUAACAUUUCGGUUUUUGGUUGCUUGUGCCAAACCCUGAUGUAGGCUUGCUUGUUGAAUGUGUGUGCGAAGAGACAUAUUGAAGCAGUGUGUUAGUAUGGCACCAGAUGCUAACACGGUAGCCGUCCCUGGCGGCGGAGUUUUGCCGAAACAGCUGUCUGUGCAACACAGCUCUUUACGAAGAACGGCCAGUCGGAUAUUAUAUGUUAUGUCUUAGACACGCAGUCUAUAAGUCCAUAGUUUCACCUCUCGGCAUGUCCAUGUAGGGUUGAUAUGUUGAUAUGAAACGUUAUCUCCGAAGGAUCUUAGGAAGAACCAACGAACUUGU